GGGCGAGUGUGUGAGUGAGCGCGCGCCGCCGGGUGUAACGCGGAGCAGUGGCAGCGCCAGAGCGGAGGAGCUUUUGAAGGCGAAGAUCUCAAACAAGUACAUACAUCUUGUCUGAGGAUUGGAUGGGUCUAGCUAGUCUGAAUUCACUAAUGUUGCAGGAGAGAACUAAUUUGAAAUAGCGCCCUGCUUGAGGAGGAAGCUACUGACUACCUAGAAAUUAAGAAAGGGUGCGAGAAGUCUGGUUGAUCAAGGUGGAAUUUCUGUCUCCAAGAGCCUUUUCACAAUUGCCUUUUGCAAAAUCUUCGGACGCUCCCUAUUGUGCCAUGUUUUGUGGCUCUCACCGUAAGAGGAAUUUGUCUUGAUGAAGAUUCCUAACAUUGGUAAUGUGAUGAAUAAAUUUGAGAUCCUUGGGGUUGUAGGUGAAGGAGCCUAUGGCGUUGUACUUAAAUGCAGACACAAGGAGACACAUGAAAUUGUGGCUAUCAAGAAAUUCAAAGACAGCGAAGAAAAUGAAGAAGUCAAAGAAACCACUUUACGAGAGCUUAAAAUGCUUCGCACUUUGAAACAGGAGAACAUAGUGGAGCUGAAGGAAGCCUUCAGAAGAAGAGGAAAAUUAUACUUAGUUUUUGAAUAUGUGGAAAAAAAUAUGCUUGAAUUGCUAGAAGAAAUGCCAAAUGGAGUUCCACCAGAAAAAGUGAAAAGCUAUAUUUACCAACUAAUUAAAGCAAUUCAUUGGUGCCAUAAGAAUGAUAUUGUUCACAGAGAUAUCAAGCCAGAGAAUCUCUUAAUAAGCCACAACGAUGUUCUGAAGCUGUGUGACUUUGGCUUUGCUCGUAAUCUCUCUGAAGGAAGCAAUGCUAACUAUACAGAAUAUGUGGCUACCAGAUGGUACCGCUCACCUGAACUCUUGCUUGGAGCCCCUUAUGGAAAGGCUGUGGAUAUGUGGUCUGUAGGCUGUAUCCUGGGAGAGCUGAGUGACGGGCAGCCCUUGUUUCCUGGCGAGAGCGAGAUUGACCAGCUCUUUACCAUUCAGAAGGUGCUAGGCCCACUGCCAGCCGAGCAGAUGAAGCUCUUCUACAGCAACCCACGCUUCCAUGGCUUGCGGUUUCCAGCAGUCAACCAUCCACAGUCUUUAGAGAGAAGAUACUUGGGAAUUUUAAGUGGUGUAUUGCUUGAUCUUAUGAAGAACUUACUGAAGUUAGAUCCAGCAGAUAGAUAUUUGACAGAACAAUGUUUGAACCAUCCUUCGUUUCAAACCCAAAGACUCUUGGAUCGCUGUGGAAGCUCACCUUCACGGUCAGCUAAGAGAAAACCUUACCACGUAGACAGCAACACGUUGUCUAACAGAAAUCAAGCCAGCAAAAGUUCUGCUUUGCAGUCACACCACAGAUCAAACAGCAAGGAUAUACAGACACUAGGGGUUGGCGGGCCAAGAGAAGAGGGUCUUCCAGCAAAUGAAAGCUUUUUAAAUGGAAACCUUCCUGGAGCUGCACACAGUCCAAUGCAUACAAAAAAAUCAAGCAACACACCUGGAUCUGGCAACAAGGAUCUAGCCAAUAAUAAUAUGCCACAUCUUCUCAGCCCAAAGGAAGCAAAGGCAAAAACAGAAUUUGAUUUUAACGUGGACCCAAAAAGUUCCGAUGGUCCAGGCACAAAGUACCUAAAGUCGAACACCAGAUCUCAGCAGAACCGGCACUCAUUUAUGGAAACUUCUCAAAGCAAAACUGGGACACUGCAACCUGGCGAUAAGCACAGUCGCCACAGCUAUAUCGAUACUAUCCCACAGUCUUCUAAGAGUCCUUCUUAUCGGACAAAGUCAAAGAGCCAUGGGGUUCUGACAGACUCGAAAUCCGUGGGCAACCUUUCUGAGGCCAGGGCCCAAGCUGCAGAACCAAACAGCAGUAGAUAUUUUCCAUCCAGCUGUAUGGACUUGAACUCUCCUACCAGUCCAACUGCUCCCCGCCACAGUGAUAACAGAACUUUGCUCAGUCCGUCGGGGAGGAAUAACCGCAGCGAGGGUACCCUGGAUGCCCGAAGACCAUCGACAAGACACUCCAAAACAAUGGAGGAGUUAAAACUUCCAGAUCACAUGGAUGGAAGCCAUUCCCACUCUCUGUCUGCUCCACACGAAUCUUUUUCCUAUGGUCUAGGUUAUACCAGUCCUUUCUCUUCACAGCAGCGCCCUCAUAGACACUCUAUGUAUGUGAGCCGGGACAGAGUGAGGUCAAAGGGCUCAGAGGGUGGCUUAAGCAUAGGGCAAGGGAUGGCAGCCAGAGCAAACAGCCUGCAACUGUUAUCUCCACAGGUGCAGCAUAAGUCACUCACAAGAUCUGUUGGCUCCUCACGAGAAGACUGUACAGAAGAUACUAAUAGGGGUGGAGCAUAUCAUGAUCCACACACAGAAGAUGGAGCAUCUACUAAGGAAAAUAGAAUUCUGUAUAAUGACCCUGUUCCGAGAAGAGUUGGCAGCUUUUACAGAGUUCCAUCUCCGCGUCCAGAGAGUACGUACAUAGAAAACAAUGUGUCAAACAGAGCCUCUGUGUUACCAGCAGACAGCAGCACGGUGGCAAACCACUCAAAGAGGCAAACCACCUUUGACACCUGGAAAAGUCCUGAAAACCUUAACAGUCACUCAGAACAGCUCAAGGAGAAAGAAAAGCAAGGUUUUUUCAGGGCAAUAAAAAAGAAAAAGAAGAAAUCUCAAACCACAGACUCAACCAACGGGGAGAAUCCAAGCAUCAAGAAAUCCCUCUUUCCUCUUUUUAAUUCAAAGAAUAAUUUAAAGCAUAGUUCUUCUUUGAAAAAGCUUCCUGUAGUCACUCUACCCAUGAUGCCUAGCAGUGAUGGGCAGGAUCUCUUGGCAUUACAGAAAGCCAUUCAUUCUUCUAAUCACCAGAGCAGCAGGCAGAAGGAUUGGCAUCCUGAGAAGAUGACAGAAAUCCAGCCGCAUAGCCAGCCAUUAAAAUCUCUUCGAAAGCUCUUACACCUCUCCUCUUCAAAUCAUCCUGUCCCUGCUGAGCCUCGCUUCCAGCCCUUACCAACUCAGCCAGCCAAAGCUUCUUUUUCGGAAGUGCGAAUUCACCCCAUGAGUCAAAGCUCCGGCAGCGGCAGCAGCAACGUGCGGCAAGAGCCUCAGCCGAAAAGCCGGCCAACGCUGCAGAUACCAAGCCAGCUGGAACCCACCUGGCACGUCGCCCCGGUGAACAGGAGCGCGAGCGAUGGGCCUCCCUACUCCGACCAGCUGCCUUCCAAGAGCGGACAGAACGGGCACACGUAUAACCGAACAAACCGUUCGCGAAUGCCAAAUCUGAAUGAUUUAAAAGAGACAGCCUUGUAAUUGCACUCCAGACAACAGGCCAGUUCAGGUGGAGAUCAGCGUAGGGGAGUGGUGGUGGUUCUGGUGAUGGUAAGACUGCAUUUUCAGCUUUAUAAAGGUGUGCAAUAUGUACAUGUGGAGCUAUGCUGUUUGGCACCACAGUGAGAGUCAGGGAUUAUACAGUAAAACAAGUUGAAUGAUGAAUUACCAGUCAUCAGAAAUGUCGCUGGAUGCCAGGCAGAGUGUGCCGGUCAGGGAGAAAAACGCAUUGCCGUGUUCUCUCACUUACAUUCCAGCUUAGUGCACAUCUCUGUCUGAAAGCUGGGAGACUUCUGGUAUGUAUUGGCACUUAUAAGGGUGAAAACAUUUAUGUCUAGACCUAUGCCCUUACUACAUUUUUUGCUGCCUAGUUAAAACAGUGGGGUUUAUGUGAUAAAAGUGUAUCCCGGUUAAGGGUUUAAAGUUAAAUUGUAUGUCUUAAAUUUGUUUUUUAAACUUCCAUAUUUGAUAGGAUUUGUAAUAUUUAUUUAUGAUGACCUAAUAUCGUACUGUUAUAAUCAUAUCUUUUAUGUUAUAAUGUAAAGUUAUUUUGAGCUGUUUGAAACAUUGUGAAGCAGUGCAACAGCUACAGUAGUUUCUAUAAAGAACUAACAGUGACAUUUAUAUAUUGCAUCAGGAGUAUUUUAUUCUAUAUAUAAAUAUAUAUAUAAAUGGAAAAUAACUGUCUGUUUUUUAAAUAUACUCAUUUAAAAGAAAAGUAUUGUUAUGACACUAUCUGCCAUAUUUUUAUACAUUUGUGAUAUAAAGUGCAGUAUUAUACUUCUAAUAAAAGGAAGUUGAAUGUGGAUAUAAACGUGACUGUAACAGUAUGAAUGUUGCUCAGCUAUGAGAGCCCGGGAUUAUAGGCAUUAUUGGUAACAAACAAAAGACAACAUUCAAUUCCAAGCUUUAUUAUGGGCUAUUUUGUUGGAAGUAUUGGCUAAACGUAAGAGACUGCAGAACUGUACAGUAAUGUAAAUGUGGUAUGUUCUCCCCUGUGUCCUUGGCUUUCCUAGUAAUAUUGAUGGGAUUUCUGCAUCUGCAUCAAGAGCACAGAGCCGAAGUACCAAAUUUUUGUUUCCUCUAAAGAGAUAAAGUGCCCCAUGACUACAAGCUAAAGCAGGUGCUCUUCCACUUAAUAGCAGGGGUGAAAACCAAAGAAACAUAGCAUGAAUUGCAAGUGAAAUGCCAAACUUACGCAUAGCAUGGCACUGCAGAUCAUGGUAUAAGCUUUUAUGCAUAUGUGUAUUUUACAUCUUGUUUAGCAAUCUAUUAACUAAUAAGAUAAACACUGUAUUUAAAUUUAAACUACUCUUGCACUUUUUAUUAUAUUUCAGGAUGUAUUUAAAGCUACAAACUGAUAUUUGGAUAUUGAGGGAGAAGGUUGCCAUGCAGCUUAAUUUCUCCUUAGGUCUUACUAUCCGAAUAUUCCCGUACACAGUUCAGUUACCAGUCUCAGCAAAAUAUUAGAUCUUGGGUUCCAGUCUCCUGUACAAGAUUGUUAAAACUGCCUUUACGUUGGUGAAUGUCGAGCGUAGCAAAUACAUAACCCGAUUCCUCUGUUGCUACCAGUAAACUACAUCAAAGGUGAGCCAGCAGGAGUCAAAAGAGUUAUGCCAGUCUAAAGUUUGUGCAAUAAGAGGAGAGUCGGGCCUGUAGUGUCAGAACAAUACAAUCUUUCCUUUUUAAACACAUUAGUUCAACUCUCUCAUUACUCUGCAGCAUAGUUUGUUUUCUAGAUGCUGUCCUCAUAAGACACGUGUACUUGCAAAUAUGUUGUCUUUUCCAAACAGAGAUUAACCUGAAUGUAAAUUCGAUGAUUUAGCCAUAUAAGUAGUUAACAGAAGCAGCCAGGCAGUAAGAGCUGAACUUCCUACUUGGAUAACGAUGCAAACUGGACACGCGGUUCAGUACCUCUCGAGUCAUACCAAAGUUCUAACAACAGCAAAUUUGGCGCCACUACUCUAAAAGUAUUUGUCAGAAAGUCCGUUAUGGAAGGAUGUUGCGUUAGGUUUGUCCAGGGUGAAAAGUAAUUGUGAAAAUUGUCAAUUGCCUACCAGAAACGUGCAUGUCAUUUUCUGUAGAUAUAUAUGAUAUAGGAUAUCUAGAUAUAUAUGAUAUAUACUGUGUCGAUAUGUCAUAUAUAUAGCAUAUAUAAAUAGAGCAAACAUGAAAGGGUAUUCAGUUUUUGAUGAGUUCAGUGGGCGUCCAGGAAAGACAUUGUGAUAUUUACUAGUCAUCGCUGUCAGAGUUUAGCAGCAUAUUUCAGCAAUGUCUUUUGGAUUCACCAGUUGGUCACAACUAGGUUAGUCCUGUGCUCUGCUUUGAAACGGGCUGAUGCCACUAAAAUCCCUCACAAAAGCAGUGUCCGAGAGUGGGGCUCUAAGCAGUAUGAUCUGAAUGUCUCCGAGAGAGCGUUCAGACUAGACUCUUCUGUACUUUGUGGAUACGUAUCCUUUUGCCUCUGCAAGACUUUUAGCUUGCUGGUAAGAGCUUCGUGCUGGGGAUGAUGAUGCUGGGCUGUCUGUGGCUGUUCUGAUUUCUAGCAAGGAAAGAUGUUUCCAAAGGAUUUUCUUUCUCAGUACCCGUUAAGUUAAAUCAGGGUAAUCUCUGACUGUACAUAUAGCUGUUUAAAGUAGUUAGCAAAGCUUCAAGGGUGACCCAAGGAAUGUUCAAGUAUUUGGUGGCCCAUAUUUACAAAAAGUUGUUUCUACUUCAUACUGCAUUUUCUUCUCACAUUCAACAAACCACAGUAGAUUUCAGUUGAAUAAUAAAUUGUGUUGAACGUAUGUAGUAUUUUCUUCCUUCUGUUGGAAAGAACUUCCAGCAGUUCGGCCUGCUGGUGCUGGGAUAAAUUGUGUAUUUUUAACCUGGUCUAACUUCCCAAUAUUUAGAAUAUUGCUAAUGUAAUUUUGCCAAGGCUUCCAAAGGAGGCUUAUUAUAGUGACUGAGAUUUGCUGACUCAAUAAAGGGGAAGAGAAUUACAGAGCAAACAAUUUUGUAAGUGUGAGCUUUCCUCUUCACUGGUCUGUGAGUCUUGUGCUACGUGUUCUAUAGAGUUACUUAGUAUAAAGUAUCGUAGUUAAACUGCAUUUUAUUACUUGGCAAUCUGUUUUGCCUUAUGGUGUCAUUAAUGAUGUGAAUAGAAAAGAAACUAAGUUUCAGAAAUGAAUUACAGUCAUUUUGCAGAACUUCAGCUGCCUAAACCUGUCUGUAUGUUUCCAGUAUAGCUCUUGAGCUGUUGUUAACUGAAAAAGAAGCACCUUAAGCUCAUUUUAAGUGAAAUUGUGUAUGUGUUUAAGCCGUCCUUUUAAACUGCCAUGUAAAUGUAAUAACCUAAAACAACAUUUUUUUUUUCAACUGACCUGACCACAGAGCACAGUCCCUUAGAGUUAUUUAACUUCUUCUGCUCCAUUUAUCGUAGUCCAAGAUUCAUUGCUCCUCUGAGAGGUCGCCAGCAUGGAGCACCGGGCAGAGUUCUCGGCAGGAAGUCAGCAAUCCCAGAUUCGGUCCCUUCUUCCUAAAAUGUUCCCCAUCCCACAGGGCUUGGGACUGACAGCAAGCUUUCAUUUCUGAUACCAAGUCAGACCCACCUGAAUGUGUGGGUCCUGACACCACUUCUAUUUACAGAUACUCGCUCUUUUAGAUCAAUAUUAAAGCAGGCUUCAAACUUCCAAAUUUACGAGACACCCUCAGGUCAUCCUUAGUCUUGUAACAUUUCUCUCUGCUACACCAACUUGUUUGUGGGAGCAACACUGGAGUGAUUCUUCAAGAAGCAGUGUCCUGUGAUAGGCUUUUGGUCAUUCCUUGUCAUUGCAGUUUGGUCUCCUAAGAGCUGAAUCUCACUGGUAUAAAGAGCUACAUGCCUACUUCAUUUCCAUUUUUCCUCAAAAGCUGCUGUUGCCAUUAGCUGAGUAGACUCCUGUGUUCACUCGGAAAAAGCUAUGACUUCCUAACAAUUUAGUGCUGUAGACCUCCCUUCGAGGAAUGGGAACGCAGAUUCUAUAGCUCUGAACGCACUGUUGUGAGCUGUUUAGCUAAGGCAAAUCCCAGACGCUUUUGAGGGGAGCCAUGCUCUAGAAGUGUCUGGGGUUUUCAUUCAUCUUUCGGGUUUUUGUUGUCUUACAAGUAUUUGGUAGUGAGACAUGCUUCAAAAGUACCUGCAUGUAAUCAAUUCCAUGUGUGUUGAACACUGUCAGAGUACAACUGGGAGAGUAUUUGAAUCCCAGUUACACAAAGAGUAUGAAAAGGAUAGCCAUAUAUAAUAUACUGCAAAUUGUGGGGUGGCAAUGAAUGUUUAUUUUUUCCGUUCCAGAUAACAUACUUAAUACAUCUAUUAAUGGGAUUAUAUCACAGACCAUGCAUCUGGGCUGUUGUUCAUGUAAGUAGGCCCACCAUUCAAAAUAGGAAAGGAGUGUCACAGAAGAUGAUCGGAAAGGUGAUGUGCCCUAUUUAACCGUUUUCAAAUGACCUUCGAAUCAGGACACUAUUUAAGAACAGGUGCCUUCCCCUACACAGCUCUCUCUAGUGGUGUCAUGAUAUUAACCAUUCAUUAACUGGGUUUGUAGUGAAUGAGGAGAAAAGCCAUUUAACUUCUGGCCUUUGUUAAAAAGGGAGCGAUUUGAGUAAAACCUUCCUUUUAAUAUAACACAGCCUGGCAGUUCUAGAUGUUGGCGCCUUUUUCAAAAGGUCAAACAGCAGCAGUGCAUCAAUGCUCAGGCUCAUCAGGCAAGCGAAGGCUUGUGCACAUCACUUGGUUCAGAUGUUGUACUGAAAUGAGAUUUUUCAUUCUGCAAUGGUGAAGCAAAUUUCAUGAAAAUUAAGCAAAGUGAAUUUUAUAGGAGAUCCUCUUUCAAUUGGAAGACAAAAGCUGUGGUAGGUCAUCUGUUCUCUGAGUGGACUGUCUUAACAGCUACUGCAUGAGGCAGUAUAGGUAAAUCUGAUUGAUUAGGUCUGAAUUUUACUUGCUCCAAGUUCUGCUUGGAUGCUUAUUUGUGUACCUUGUGUACAGCCAAUGGUUUGGUGCAAAAGUUGGCUGUAUUUGACAAACUAAGUGGAAGGUGCUUGAGAAGUGUGAGAGGACCAGUCCCGCUAUGUUUAGAUGCUUUCAUUCCCCCGAACCAGAUGAUUGCUUCUCAGGCUCUUUUAGAAUGUAACUCAAAAUACGCAGCCAGGCAAAAGUGACUCUUAAGAUGUGGGCCCAGGGUCUGAACGUGGAAUUUGUGACUUAGGCUGAGAGCGACUCCCCACAUCUCUUGUCUUCUCUGCAAGUCAAUCUACCUCCUCUCUCUUGCAGAACGUGGUCAAGGUUUGGUUUGUUUGUUCUGAGUUUAUUGUUGACUCCAAAUUUUGAAGAGACAUAUGAAAAGAUUCUUCCUCUAGGUACUGUUAGCAACCAAGUAAUAAAAUUUUGAUGGGCCUUCAUCUGAUAUACUUCUGAAACCUCCAAGCCAUCCGAGUUCUCCCUCUAGAAUCCCAGUGCCAUCCUUUGCACUGCUUUGCAGUCUUCCCUUGCCCUUCCCCUUGUGGUUCUCAAAUAUUGCAGUUGCCUUGUUCUUCGUUGUUUCUCUAGUGCAGAUUAUCAGGGAGUUAGAGGCCUUAUCUACUACUCCACCCUGUUUGCUGUUUUAUUCGAACAGCUAUCCUUAGACUUGCUCAGGAUUUUCUUCAUUUUAAUUUUGCAUUUCAUCUGUGUGAGAUACCUUACCUCGUUGUGCCCCCACCAAGACACGCUGCCUCCCAGGCGCUUUGUUCCACCAGGUCUCUGUUUUCACAGGGCAUUGUUUCUCUGGAUCCGUUCCGAGUUCUGAGAAAUGCAAGGUGGCAUCUUCAUUGUACAGGCGUAGAAAUGCAUUGUGAAGUAACUGCUUUCGUAGAGCUUUCCAUUAGCAACGUUCAAGCAUGUUCAUAGCACAAGAUGGAAGCCGCUAUUCAAGUUUCCUAUAGGAUAUGAACCUCUUGGUGUAAACUUUUGACAUGUAAAUCCAAUGGCAGAGCUUUUAACUGUUUAGUAACAAGGCAAAACUUUAAGUGUAGCUAACUGUCUCGACUUUCCUUUUCUUCUUACUUUUUUUUUUGCUAGUGCACAUCUUAGACUUGUA